CGGCAAGUAACUACGAGAAACAGAGAGGCUGUCAUACACAAGAGCAUCACGAUAUACCGAAUGGCUUCCCGGCAAGUGCUGCUCUCUGCUGCCGCUGCCAUUGCCGCCGCCUUCCUCCUGGCGCCAGCCUCCGCCGAGGUCUUCACUGUCGGGGACGCCGCCGGUUGGACCCUCAAAUACCCUGCCACCUGGACUGAGGGCAAAACCUUCGUCGUCGGCGACAGCCUAAUGUUCACGUAUCCCUCCGACAAGCACAACGUGAUGGAAGUGACGGGCGCGGACUUCAAGGCCUGCAACGUGACGGGGAACGUGCUCGGCACCUGGAACUCCGGCAGCGACGCCUUGCCGCUCGCCAAGGCCGGGAGGAGGUGGUUCGUCUGCGGCGUGGGCAACCACUGCGCCCAGGGCAUGAAGUUCCUCGUCGUCACCGCCGACUCCACCGCACAGUCCCCGUCUGCCCCGCCAUCCUCUUCGGCCUCGUUCAUUAGCGGAGCGGUUUCACAGGCCAUUGCAGCGGCUGGCGCCAUAGCCGCAGCCGCGUUCAUGUUCUGA